GCCACUCGAUGUUCUGCUUAUAUGAAUAGUAUCUCAAAAGUGUUAAUCACCUAUUUUUUGCCAAUUCUUCAUCUAUUCUUAAUGGCUCGUUAUACUACCAGUUAUCGUCGGAAGCCCUCCAAUGUCCUACCCAGAUUUGUUGAGUGCAACAGAAUGGGAUGCUCAAACCCUGUUAAGGUCUGGCUAUGCACUGGCUCAAACUAUGCUCAUCACCGAGGACAUUGGUACGAGUCAUGCGUGAACAAGGAUAACCCUCAAGACACUCAUUUUGUAUCCUGGAGGCCUGAUCUUCCACCACAGCACAUAUCUGACCUGGUCCGGCAUGAAGUUCGAGGUGUUUUGCCUAAGUUCAGCCCCAAAAAGCUUUCACAGAUGUCAAUGCAUGAUAUCCUCACACAGACUACUGAAGCACAUCCAUUUUCGGCUUUCCCCCCAUCUCCAUCACGUAUGUUAGACCGUCCCAAUCAAGGAAGUUCACCAGUAAAACGAUCCACUGCAUCUAUGGAGAAUCUCUUUGAUUUUAGUGAAGCAAUGGAAAUAGAGAUUCCAGAUCGGGUUUUUACUGAGGAAGAAGCUCGAGAGUUUGCUCGAAGUGUGGAUCUAGCCGAAGAAGAGCAAGGAAUAGAAGGUAGCGUUGUCCUCGGGAUUCAACUACUACAUGAACAAUUGACCCAACAUCUUUCUGCUUCUGCAAAUUCUAAUAUUUCCAAUCCUGUGACAGCCGAUAGCGCUCUUGUAACAGAUGAACCUCCGAGCCAGGAUACUUUGAUAAUAUCAGCAUCCUUGAGUACACAAUCUCAUUCAAAGGAACCUAUUUCAUCAUUCCUCCACAAUUCUAAUGAUUCCGAUUUUCCACCUCCCCAACCCCCUUAUCCUUCAUCUACCACUCCACCAUUUAUCUGGAACCCCGGAAAGACUGAAACUCGUCUUGUGAAUGGCUCCAUGCGUGCAUGUUGCCUUGGUCGUGGUUGCGCAGGGAAGGCCGGAGCUACAAUCAAUACAAACUGUAGUUUCAAGCUUUGCAAACCAUGUUGUGGAAAAUAUCAGGCCGAGAUGAAUAUCACCUGUAAAGAAGCAUCUCACAAACCCCAGGCAAAGACUUCGACAUCAGGUACAGAUCAAUUGCCUAUGUAUCUUCACACCCGGCCCCUUCUACCUCAGCAUUACCAGCGGAGAGAGCAGGCCCAAAUUGACCAUCAGGAACGAUCCACUAUACUGGAAAAUCGACAGUCAUAUGCAGAUGAUAUCCGACAAAAAGUCCAUUCUUUUGUCUUGCUGAUUGCUCUGUUGCUGUACGUGAGGCUAUCGGAGCUACUGAAGGAAGGAUGGUGAAGACUUUUGAUCCUCGACUAAGGACUUGGAUACUCCAGGAAAGCACUAACAAACAGCUUCUUCAGGAUGGGGAAAUACUGCUCAUCCGUUCUCGUGUCU